AUGAACCAACCCACAGCCUCCCUACAGCAGACUCCAGCCGAACCAUCUGAAUUGGCUCUUGCCUUCAGAGAAGAUCUGAUCAAUCUCCAGGCUGCUAUCCAUAAGGAAGUUGUGGAGGACGAUACUCAAUCUUCCUCCUUGAGCCAUACUGAAGGAAGAAGAGGACGAUAUGCUGCUCCUACCGAGCGCGAAGAGUCCGAAACCCAGACAAUCUUCUGGGAUAUAGACACUGCCCAGAACAUACCCAUUUGGGCUGAGUCUAUCAUCAAGUUGACUGAAUACGGAAUCAUGCCGGGCAGUAUGAAGGACGAAAGUGACCGUCUGAGGUGUGCUAUCAAGCUAAUCUACAACACUCCUAGGGAUCUUCGUUGGAGUAACUUAGGCUUGGCCGUUCGGAAAUUUGCUGAAUACGAUAUCAGCAAGAAAGACCUAGGGAGGGGGAGGGAGUGGUCUCGUUGGUGCGCAUCGUCGACGCGUCAUCGCGUCGUGUCGUCAUCCUCGCAUGUUGUCGUCCUCGUUGGCAUCGUGUCCACUGGGUGUUGCGUUGUGGGCGUUAGGCGUCGUUUCGUGGGCGCUGGGCGUCGUUUCGUGGGCGCUGUGGUGUUUUCGUGGGCGCCGUGGUGUUUUUGUUGGCACUGUGGUGUUUUCAUGGGUGUUCGUGGUGUUUUUGUGGGUGUUCAUGGUGUUUUUGUGGGUGUUAUGGUGUUUUCGUGGGCAGUGGGUGGUCGUUACGUGGGUUGUGAGAUGCAGGUGACGAACGAUGUCAAUGUCGUCAUCGUCGUUGGCGUUGCAGCAUGUGUGGUCGUUGUGGGCACUUGUGGAUGGUGGUGGGUUCGUUGUGUUGUCAUCAUUGUGACGUGGUGUUGCGGCAUUUGCGUGGUCAUCAUGGUGGGCGCUCGUGGAUGGUGGUGGGUGCUCGUGGAUGGUGGUGGUGUUGUUGUUGUUGUCCGUUUGGCUGCCACGUCACUGGCGGUGGUCGUUGCCGUUCGUUGCUGGGUGGUCGUUGCCGUUGUGGAGUCGUUGUCGUUUGGAUUGGCCAGGAAGGAAGCUGGCAAACUGCUUGCAAGACCAGAAUACUUUAGUAAGAUGCCUCAAGACUUAGUAGAGACUGCUGCAUAUUUGCACAACCGAGCCUACAAGGAUCGUCCUAUCCCUAAAGCAUUCUCCGUACAUCGAUCCCAUGAUGCUCAACCGACAGAUAGACCUGACUCUGUCUCAUCUAGAGAGUCUAUGAUUCCUACAACAGAACCUGAACCUUGGCUGUAG